AUGACAGAGAACCAGACAUGGGUCCCAGAGUUCAUCCUACAAGGAUUCCUACUCAGCCCGAGGAUGCAAAUGCUCCUCUGUGGGCUCUUCUCCCUGCUCUACACUUUCACUCUGCUGGGGAACGGAGUCAUUCUGGGGCUCAUCUGGCUUGACUGCAGACUCCACACCCCCAUGUACUUCUUUCUCUCCCACCUGGCCAUUGUUGAUAUUUCAUACGCUACCAACAACGUCCCCAAGAUGUUGGCAAACCUUCUCACUAAGAAAAAAUCUAUUUCCUUUGCCCCAUGUAUAAUGCAGACAUUUUUAUACAUGGCUUUUGCUCACACUGAGUGUCUCAUCCUGGUGAUGAUGUCCUAUGAUCGGUAUGCGGCCAUCUGCCAACCCUUACAAUACUCGGUCAUCAUGGGCUGGAAAGUGUGCGCCUCUAUGGCUAUUGCUUCUUGGGCAUGUGGCUCCCUCUUAGCCCUGGUCCACGUUGUUCUUAUCCUGAGGCUGCCGUUUUGUGGGCGCCAUGAAAUCAACCACUUCUUCUGUGAAAUACUGUCUGUCCUCAAAUUGGUCUGUGCUGACACAACGCUCAAUCAAAUUGUCAUCUUUGCAGCUUCUGUAUUCAUCUUAGUGGGACCACUGUGCUUUGUACUGGUCUCCUACACACGUAUCCUGAUCGCUAUCCUGAAGAUCCAGUCAGGAGAAGGCCGCAGAAAGGCCUUCUCCACCUGUUCCUCCCACCUCUGUGUGGUUGGGCUCUUCUUUGGCAGCGCCAUCGUCAUGUACAUGGCCCCCAAGUCCCAGCACCCUGAAACGCAGCAGAAGAUCCUUUCCCUCUUUUCAAAGAGCCUUUUCAACCCCAUGUUGAAUCCCCUGAUCUACAGCCUGAGGAACACUGAGGUCAAGGGUGCUGUGAAGAGAGUGUUGUGGAAACAGAGAUCAGGAUGA